UUUGCAACAGAGCUGUUAGCAUUUGAUUUAUUUAUGUGUUUUAUGUUAAAUAGUGUGAAUUAAUUUAACGUGCAUUAUUUUCGUCGUCUCCGUGUUGCAUGCCGCAAAUUGUACAAGAAAUCACUACAAAAUAAUCCAGUUGUUCAAUUAGUGUGAAACCUCCUUGUCAUGUCGGAUUCGGUGGCUGUGGCAUUGCGCGUGCGUCCGCUCGUUAAAUCUGAACUUGAGCGCGGAUGCCGCAUUGCGGUGCGCCGCUUGGUUGACGGCGUGCCACAGGUAACGGUGAAUAGCAACGCUUCGUUCACCUACAACUAUGUAUUCGACAGCAGCGACAGCCAGCAAAGCAUAUACGAUAGCUGCGUGCAAGGCAUGCUGAAGAAAUUGCUCAACGGAUACAACGUUACUAUUUUAGCCUAUGGACAAACUGGAUCUGGUAAAACGUUCACCAUGGGCACAGCUUUCGAUGGUGUGGUGGACGAAAAUAUGGGCGUAAUACCUCGUGCUGUGCACGAUAUAUUCGAGGAGAUGGCCGCCAUGGAAGAUGAGUAUAACUUUGAAAUCAGCUGCUCGUUUGUCGAGCUGUAUCAGGAACAGUUUUUUGAUCUGUUCUCGACAAACAAACGCGAAGAGAGCACUGUCGAUAUACGCGAGGAUAAGAAUCGCAUUUUUAUACCAGGACUCACCGAGGUGGAGGUAAAGAAUGCCAAACAGGUUACCGAUGAACUGAUACGUGGCUCCUCGGGACGUGCUGUUGCCUCCACAGCCAUGAAUGAGACCUCAUCGCGUUCGCAUGCCAUCUUCACGCUAACUGUGGUCGCUACCCGUAAGACCGGCCAACAAUCGGUGACCACGUCCAAGUUCAAUUUGGUGGAUCUGGCGGGCUCGGAGCGGUGCUCAAAGACACUAGCGAGUGGUGAUCGCUUCAAAGAGGGCGUCAACAUCAACAAGGGUCUGCUGGCGCUGGGCAAUGUCAUCAAUGCACUUGGCUCUGGACAGUCUGUUGGUUACGUGCCCUAUCGCCAGUCGAAGCUAACGCGACUGCUGCAAGAUUCCCUGGGCGGCAAUUCCAUAACAUUGAUGAUCGCCUGCGUCAGUCCCGCCGACUAUAAUGUGGCCGAGACGCUCAGCACGCUGCGCUAUGCGGAUCGAGCGCUGCAGAUCAAAAACAAGCCCGUUGUCAAUUUGGAUCCGCAUGCGGCUGAAGUGAUGAUGCUAAAGGAUACCAUACAGAAGCUGCGCAUGGAAUUGCUGGCGAGUGGUGGCGGCAGCGCAGUUGCUGGCCUUGCAACCACUCUUGGCGCUGGCAUUGAUAAUGGUGACAAUUCGGCGCUGGAGGGUCAACGGAUUAGCGAGCAACCGCAGCAGCUGCAGGAGACGAAUGCGCGCAUUGAGAAGAUGAAUCGUCGCCUGCAGCAGGAGCUGCAGCAAACACUCAUCGAUCUGGCCGAGAAUGAGAUGCGCGCCCACAUUGCCGAAGUGGCGCACGAGAAGCUCAAGGCGCAUGUGCACGAGCUGAAGACAAAGCUGACGGAUAUAACAAUCCCGCAGAUGGAACAGAUGGCUGCGGAGAAAUCGCAGUCCGAUGUGCAGUGGAAGCAGGAAUUACGCGAUAUUACGCAGCUGGUGACGUGCGUGGACGAGGAACUGCAGCAAGCGGAAAGCGUUUUGCUAACGCAUCGCAACGAAUGCCUCAAUGGCAGCGGCGGUGUCCAUGAUGAGGGGAGCUCUGGCUCGAGUUGUGGCGAUGAAACACAUGAGCUGCUGCAGUCGGCGAAUGAGGAGCACACAAUGAAGCAACUGAAUCUGAAUGGCGAACUGCGCAGCAUCAAUCGGCAGCUGAAUUUGAAGCAGGAGCUGCACGAUCGCGUGAUGCGCAAUUUCUCGCAAUUUCAGGACGAUGACAUCGAUGAGAAGUUCAAGCAAAGCGAACAAAAGAUCGAACUGCUGGAGACCGAGCGACGUGAGCUGUUGGAUCAGUUGCGCAACAUCAAGUCAAAGGAUGCAUCGUGCAAGCUGGCGGAGGAGCGGCGCAAACGUUUGAAGGUGUUGGAGAACGAGGUGAGCGAAAUGCGUCGCAAGAUUGUCCAGCAGGCGAACUUGCUGAAGAUACGCGAAAAAGAGAAGGAAAAGAUACAGAAUCUGAGCACCGAAAUACGCGCCAUGAAGGAGUCCAAGGUGAAGCUGAUACGUGCAAUGCGCGGCGAAUCCGAGCGUUUCCGCCAGUGGAAGCUGAACAGCGAGAAGCAGAUGACGCAGCUGAAGAGCAAGGAUCGCAAGAUGCAGAGCGAAAUGGUGCGCAAGGAGACGCUGCAUGCCAAGCAGCGGCAGGUGCUGAAGCGCAAAUGCGAGGAGGCGUUGGCCACCAACAAGCGUCUAAAAGAUGCCCUAGAGCGUCAACGUGCGGCCCAAGCGCAACGACAGCGACACGCCAAGGAUCAACCAGGUGCGGCCAAGCUGGAUGCGCUUGUCGAUCGCGAGCUCGAGGUGAUACUCUCGCUCAUCGAUGCAGAGCACAGUUUGGAACAGCUGAUGGAGGACAGAGCUGUCAUCAAUGCACAUUGCAAUGAGAUCAAACAGUCGGCACAUACGCAACCACAGGGCGAACAAGCACAGCUGGUGGCCAGCCUCGAGGAGGAGCUGGAGAUGCGUAACGCACAAAUCGCCGAUCUGCAGCAGAAGGUGUCCACCAUUGUUGAUAGUCGAAUGCGUGCGCUUUGCGAGAGUGUUCAGAGCAUUGGUGAAUCGCGGGCGAUUAACAAGCAGCUGCUAAAAAGUCUGGUGCAACAGCGACGCGAACAGUCCCAGGGCAUCAUGGAGCAAAAGGUGCUGCGCAGUCAGCUGAACGAGGCGCAGCAGGGCCACGAAGAGAUGGCCAAACGUUUGCGACAAGCCGAAUGCAAGCAUGAGGAACUGCUACUAAGCCAACAACGCAGCUACGAGGAGAAGGUAGCGCUGCUAUUGCGCACAACACGACCAAAGGGCGAUGACGAGAACAAUGAUAACGCUAAGGAUGCGGUGCGUGAGCAGUUCGUGGAAGAGACACUGCGCUCCAUGGAGGCGCUGCAGCAGGAGGUGGACGCGCUGAAGGCCAAAGCACAAAAGAAAAAAGCACGCAUAGAAUCACUAGUGGUUGAUACCGUUGAAUUGAAUACUAGUUAUGACAGUGAAGAGAUCGAAGAUGUUGUGGAGAGCGAUCCCGAGUGGAUACCAAAACCCAAACGUUCCAGAGGUCCGGCUAAGCAUAAAUCCAAUUCAACGGCACCAUCUGCAACUUCGUCGCCCGAUGCAAAUGCCACCAACAUCAGUUCGACAAGCAAUGCGAAUUUAUCGAACACCACCGACUCGAGUUUGAUGACAACUGUGACUGAGACUAAAAAAUACUGCAAAUGCAAGAGCUUAAAAUGCAGCUCAAAACGUUGCAUGUGUAAUGCAAUGGAUCGCGGAUGUGGUCCAAAGUGUGGCUGUCACGGUAACUGCCAAAAUCCCCGGAAUGGUGGCGACAGCAAGGAGAACGAUUCGCUGGCACCGAAUUUGACUACCACGCUCAACAGCCUGUCGUCCAAAGCCAUCAUUGAAGAUAUCGAUGAGCCCAACACAACUCCCGACACUGUACGAAAUGUUAGUCCAUUAAAGAACGCAAAUUCGAUACAGUCAACGCCCAACGUUAAGUUAUCCAUCCGUCACUCGCAACUGACUUUGAAUACGCCAUCCGCCAAACAGAAGUUUUUUUGAGAUGCCUCCUCGUAUUCGAUUCGAGCAAUAAUUCUUUUUCUCUACACUGUUAGUUAAGUUCGUUGGUUAUGUUCUUAAGUUAUAUUAAGUUAAGU